AUGCGACAGACCACUGAGAUACUUGCUCGAGGUGACUUCAAGUUACGAAAGUGGUGCACCAGCCACCACGAGGUCUUAAAGGAUGUGUCAGAUGAUGACAAGGAGAAGUAUUUGAAGUUCGACGAUGGCAGCGAUAUAACCAAAACUCUUGGUCUUGCAUGGGAUCCGGCAACAGACGAGCUGCUGUUCUCUUUAUCGUCUCUAGAUCCCGGCUCCAAGGCCUGCCGACGAUCUGUUCUGGCCACCGUUGCUCGUUUCUAUGACCCGCUAGGCCUUCUUGGUCCAGUAAUCACAAAGGCCAAGGUGUUUCUUCAACAACUCUGCAAGGACAAAUUGGAUUGGGAUGAAAGUUUGCCCUUAGAUCGUAACACCUGCUGGAUUGAAAUGUGCAUCAGUUUUCAGAGCGUUCAACGCAUAUCAUUCCCAAGAUUUUUGCUUCUUUCAGAAACUGAUGUUGAAAUUCAUGGUUUCUGCGAUGCCAGCGAGGAAGCUUACGGAGCUUGCAUAUAUGUGCUGUCUAGGGGCACUUCUCCAGCCAGCAGCCAUCUCUUAUGUUCCAAAUCCCGAGUAGCGCCUCUCAAAACGAUAUCUGUACCUAAGCUGGAGUUAUGUGGCGCCCUGCUACUAGCCAAGCUGAUGAAUGAAGUUAUGAAAAUGGAUAUGUUCAAUGGUCCUUUUCACUGCUGGUGUGAUUCCUCUGUGGCGCUAUCCUGGAUCGGUAAUGAGCCUUUCAAAUUCAACGUCUUCGUGGCAAACCGAGUGGCUUCUAUACAGGAAUUGACUACUAAUAUGGAAUGGCAUCAUAUUCCGACUACACUGAAUCCUGCCGACAUUUUGUCCAGGGGGUCUACUCCGGAUUUACUGGCGCUUUCUGAGAUCUGGUUUCAUGGCCCACCAUUUUUACUUGGUGGUCGCAAGGAUUGGCCUACGCGUCUGCAUUAUGGCGAUCCGAGCCUUGAGUUACGUAAACAGGUGCUGAUGGUCAAGUCACCUCACGUUGAUGUCACCCUUAGAUCCAAGUAUGGCAACUCGUUCCCUUCCAUGCAGCGCGUGUUCGCAUACAUUUACAAAUUUUCUCACCGCUUGUGGCAUCGUGGUCUCGAAAUAUCUGAUGUGCAACGUGGGACAUAUAUGCUCUGGCGAGGCGUCCAAUUGGCUCAUUUAUGGGAGGACAUAAAGGAGCUUCGUUCAAAUAGCAUUGUUAAAAAAUCAAGUUCUAUUGCUUCGCUCUUGCCCUUCAUAGAUGCAUGUGGCCUUCUUCGAGUUGGUGGACGCCUCGAAAAUUCAACACUUGCGUAUGAGGCUCGCCAUCCCAUAAUAGUGCCACGUCGUCACCCACUCACCUUAGCGCUCAUCAUGCACUUCCAUAAGAUGAACCUGCAUGCAGGACCGCGCGCUCUGUUGGCAAGCAUCCGACUACAAUACUGGCCUAUUGGAGGACUGCGAACGGUCUCAAAUGUACUGAAAGGCUGUGUGGAGUGCUUCCGGGCCAGGCCCAAAUUUCUGGAACCAAUCAUGGCUAAUCUUCCGAAGGAACGUUUGGAGUGCGUACGGGCCUUUGCUGUUUCUGGCGUCGACUAUUGUGGACCUUUCCUUUACAAAUCAGAAGUUCGCACCAGGUCUCCCAUCAAGUGCUACGUAUGCGUGUUCAUCUGCUUUACAAGCAAGGCUGUGCACUUAGAGCUUGUCAAGGAUCUAACAACUGCGUCGUUUUUAAGUGCUUUGAAGAGAUUCAUUUCUACACGUGGAAAGCCUAGUCAAAUUUGGUCGGACAAUGCUACCAACUUUGUAGGAGCAAAAAAUGAGUUGGCGGAUUUGAAGCGGCUGCUGCUUAGCGAUUCUCAUAUGCAGUCUGUUCAUCAAGCUUGCUUGGCUGAGGGAAUCGACUGGCAAUUUAUUCCGCCUCGCUCACCACACUUUGGCGGAUUGUGGGAGGCAGCAGUCAAGACGGCCAAACACCAUUUCUACCGCUCUGUUGGCCGCCAAACGCUUAGUUUUGAUGAGCUUCGCACUUUGGUUUGUCAGAUUGCGUCAAUCAUUAAUUCUCGCCCCUUGCUAUCCGUUUCAGAGAAUCCAGAUGAUCUUGAUGUUUUGACUCCUGCCCACCUACUUUUUGGUGGCCCUUCCACUACUAUCAUUGAGCCCGAUCUAACCAAGCUUAACUAUAACCGCUUGGAUGGUUGGCAGCGUGUAACAUAUCUGCAGCAACUAUUCUGGUCCCGAUGGCAGAAGGAGUAUCUUACCCUUCUGCAACAACGCACCAAAUGGCGGUCUCCUGAACGAAUGCUGAAGGUCAACGACGUAGUUUUGAUAAAGGAUGAAAAUCUACCUCCCCAUGCGGUGGCCCUAGCUAGCGAGGGUGACCGCACUUAUUCCUGGACGAGAUGGUGUUUGCCGAGUUGCUGA